CAAAAUGGAAACAAUAUGGCGGCUAUCAAAGACUGUUUUGUUGAUUUUGCAGUACUAUUUCUUCUCCAUAUCUCUGACUUUCUACAACAAGAAGCUAUUAACGAAUUAUCCAUUCCCAAUCAGCAUGACCAUCAUACACCUCAUCAUCAAGUUUCUAUUGGCUUGGACCAUUAGAGGAACUCUUUAUUGUGCCAGAAAGUCGCCUCAGGCUACAUUUGGAUGGAAGAACUAUCUUAAGUCAAUAUGUCCCGUAGCUAUCUUCACAUCUCUUGACAUUGGUCUCUCAAACUGGAGUCUCCUCUAUAUUACAAUAUCAUUGUAUACCAUGUCCAAGUCAACGGCACUUGUAUUUAUUUUGUUUUUUGGUAUUGUAAUAGGGAUUGAGCAACCAAGACUAAUUCAAAUUUUUGUUGUUUUAUUAAUUUUUGCUGGUCUAGUAAUGUUUACUUAUGAAUCCACUGCAUUUGAAUGGGAAGGAUUUAUAUUGGUGAUUUUAGCAUCAAUAGUUACUGGUUUAAGAUGGUCUACUGCUCAACUUGCAUUACAGAAAGAAGAGUAUGGACUGUCUAAUCCGGUUAAUAUGAUUUACAAUUUACAACCUGUAAUGAUCCUUACACUGAUACCCCUUGCUUUCUUUAUAGAUGGUAUCCAUUUUGCCAUUUCAAGGAAGCUUUUACUUGCUCCUAGUCCGUCUGUCCUCCUCACCACACUGAUAUUGAUAUUAAUGGCAGGAGUAUUAGCAUUUCUAUUAGCAAUGUCAGAAUAUUUAUUAGUCUAUCACACCUCAAGUCUUACUUUCUCUGUAUCUGGUGUCAUCAAGGAAAUCAUUAUAUUGACUAUUAGUACAGUCUUUGUUGAGGAAGGGUCCUUAAGCUUGCUGAAGGUCUCGGGGAUGGUUUUAUGUGUGAUGGGUGUUGCUACUCAUUCCGUUUUAAAAGCUAUUAGAUUACAAGAUGAGGCGGUUAGGAGACAGCAAGAGCUCCAACUCUCUCGUGAAAGGGAAGACAACAUCAAACUCGUUCGGUCGAACGAGAGACGAAGAUCGCAGUGUGACGAGUCCAGCAGUGACUCAGAAGACAGCGUUGAGAUUUAUAGAACUACAAGACUUUAACAUAUCAAUAAUGCGACAUUCAAUCAAUCUACAAAGAAAAUAAAUAAUAAUUUAUUUUUUUGUAUCUGUUAAUUUUUUUGCAUCAUUUUCACCGGUUAUACUGUUAAA